GUGCGGUCCUCCCAGCACUGCUGCUGCCGCUGGCCCCCGCGCGCCACAGGAGGACGUGCCAUCCGUCUCUUUUCUAUUGUCUUGCGCCUUUCGGACUAACGCCAUGGGUAGAUUUGAUGCGCUUCGGCAGUUUAAUUUGUUGUCAUGGCUCAGAGAGGAGAAACAGUCGAGGAGGCUGAUUCUCUUCAUUGUUUUCGUCGCCCUGCUUCUGGACAACAUGCUGCUGACCGUAGUCGUUCCCAUCAUUCCAAGCUACCUGUACAGCCUGGAUGAGUCAACAGACGUGGUGUCGAAGAACAACACGCUCUCCGAGCAGGGUCCUCAAGGAGCCUUCCACAGCAUUGUAUCCUUAUAUGACAACAGCGUGAGGUCUCUGGCCUCCAACGCCACAGCCAGGUCUACUGACCUGGUCCCAACAACCCCCGCUGCGACAGAGCUGCCGCAGAACUCCUCCGACUGCCCCCAGUCUGCCAAUAAGCUGUCCGGUGAGAAUGUCAAAGUGGGACUGCUGUUUGCCUCCAAAGCCACCGUACAGCUGAUUACCAACCCCUUCAUAGGGCCGCUCACUAAUAGAAUAGGAUACCAGCUUCCCAUAUUCGCUGGCUUCUGCAUCAUGUUCAUCUCCACCAUCAUGUUCGCCUUCUCAUCGAGCUACACUCUGCUGUUUCUGGCCAGAUCGCUUCAAGGUGUGGGCUCCUCCUGCUCGUCUGUGGCUGGCAUGGGAAUGCUUGCUAGUGUGUACACAGAUGAUGAGGAGAGAGGUCACGCCAUUGGAAUCGCCCUGGGAGGUCUGGCAUUGGGUGUGUUAGUUGGACCCCCAUUCGGCAGUGUGAUGUAUGAGUUCGCUGGGAAGACAGCACCUUUCCUUAUUCUGGCUUUCCUGGCUAUGUUUGAUGGAGCUCUGCAGCUUUUUGUUCUUCAUCCCACCAAGGUGGAACCAGAGAGUCAGAAGGGGACCCCACUGUUGACACUAAUGAAGGAUCCGUACAUCCUAAUCGCAGCUGGUGCCAUUUGUUUUGGAAAUAUGGGCAUUGCCAUGAUGGAGCCAACGCUGCCAAUCUGGAUGAUGGAGACCAUGUGUGCCAGGAAAUGGCAACUAGGUGUCGCUUUCUUACCAGCUUCCAUCUCCUACCUUAUUGGAACCAACAUCUUUGGCACGUUGGCACACAAGAUGGGGAGAUGGCUUUGUGCUCUCAUUGGGAUAACGUUGGUUGGAAUCAGUGUAAUAUGUGUUCCGUUUGCCACAAGCAUUUAUGGUCUGAUUCUUCCAAACUUUGGUGUUGGUUUUGCCAUUGGCAUGGUGGACUCCUCUAUGAUGCCGAUAAUGGGCUACCUUGUGGACCUGCGGCAUGUGUCUGUUUAUGGAAGCGUGUACGCCAUUGCUGAUGUGGCUUUCUGCAUGGGAUUCGCUUUAGGCCCAUCUAUUGGAGGAUCCAUCGCUGAGAGUAUUGGCUUCCCCUGGGUGAUGACUAUAAUUGGAAUAGUGGAUAUUAUCUUUGCUCCUCUUUGCCUCUUCCUCAGGAAUCCACCAGGACAAGAAGAGAAAAUUGCCAUUUUGAUGGACACCAACUGUUCAAUGAAGACAAGGUCCUACUCCACACAGGGGACGUACUACCAGGGUGAAAACAUGGAUCCAGAAUAUGACGAUUAUGAUUAACAGGACAGCAGCCAUGCAGGUUAACCCUUCAGAGGAUCUAUUUUGUUGUACAAAACAAGGAACACAGAAGAAAAAAAAACAGCCAAGAUAUUUCCAUGUGGAUGUCCUGCGUGCAGUCUUCACUGUUCAGUGUCCUUUUAGCGGUUUUACUGGAGCAAACCAAAGUUGUUCUUGAUCUGUGGUUGCCAGCGCAUUGUGUGAGAGAUAUUUUUUUAGCCAACAGCCUUAUUCAGUAGAGAGAUGUGUCAAAAACACUUUGUAGGCAGUAGGAGGAUGCUGAGCAACAAGUACGCUUUGCUGGUUUAUUUAUACAAAUCUGUCUUAAUUCAUGUGUCAGCCAUUAAACGUCUCAUUUCUAUCUACUGUAUGUCCAUGAUACUGUCUGUGGUAUUAUCGCCAGACCUCGGUGUGCAAGUUGGUAUUGUAUUUGUGAGGUAUGUUAAGAAACUGUUGUUUGUUUAAAAUCCAGGAAGAUUUGUUGGGCAGGUCUAUGGUCGUUGUUUGCAUUGAUAUAGUUACGUAAGUAUAAACUAAAGACAGACUAAAACAGGUCCGGCCUAACUGUUCUGGCUGAACUGCAAGGAAGUCAACACAUUUGCGCUGCUGAAGAAAAGUAUGAGGAAUGUACUCUAAAUCCUCCUAUUAAGAACAGAACCCACAUGUUUUGUUUUGUUUUUUACAUUUUGGCAACUGCUGUUCAUACUAUCUUUUAUUUAAUAAAUCAUCGA